CCCACAGUGGCUAAAAGCAAUGCUAGAAGAAUUGGAUGUUCUCUACAAGAACAAUACAUGGACCUUAGUGCCUCUCCCCUCAGCUAACACAAACAUUAUGGGAUCUAAAUGGGUAUUCAAAACAAAGUUAAAUCCAGAUGGAAGCGUGGAUAGGUUUAAGGCACGGUUAGUGGCAAGAGGAUUUUUACAAGUACCAGGGGUAGACUUUGAAGAGAUAUUCAGUCCAGUGCUCAAACCCACCACCCUACGUCAGGCAAACUCUUCUCUAUUUGUUUUUCAUAAUGGACAAGAUUCACGUUUGCUUCUCUUAUAUGUGGAUGACAUUGUACUUACUGCAAGUUCUUCAUCUCUACUGCAACAUAUCAUUGCAAAUCUUAGCAGUAAGUUUGCUCCCAAGGAUCUAGGCUCUCUAAGCUAUUUCUUGGGUAUUGAGGUUACCUUGUUCCCUGGUGGCAUAUUCUUGUUUCAAGCCAAAUAUGGCAAGGAUAUUCUUACUAGAGCAACCAUGCUUGAAGCCUCCCUGAUUGCGACACCAAUGGCAGUCAAAGAACCACAUUCACCAAGAGAUUAGGAACCUGUUGAUGCUCAAGAAUAUAGGAAAAUUGUGGGUGCUCUAUAGUACUUAACCAUUACCAGAGCUGACUUAUGUUUUGCAGUUAACAAAGUCUGUCAAUUUAU